CGCUCUGCCUCCUGGAGAGACAUCCGAGGCCUGAAACCAUGAAGAACGGUUUGCUGUUUUCCCUGCUGGUGGCACUGGGAUGUGUACACAUCCAGACUGCACCAGUGGACCAGGGUGCCGUGGUGGCCGAGUCUUGUGAGGAUGCUUUGGCUAUGGGCGCCGCCAAGGAAGCUCUCACCAAGAUCAACCAAGACCGUAAGGAGGGUUACGUCUUCGAACUUAACCGCCUGUCCAACGCACACUCCGCAAAGCAUGGCGAAACUGGCUUUGUGUUCUAUCUAACCAUGGAUGUUGUGGAGACCAACUGUAGCGUCCUCAGAAAGGACUGGAAGGACUGCAACGCUCGUGAAACGCACGACACUCCCAUAUAUGGACAGUGCAAAGCAGCUAUCUACAUGAACAGGGUGCACAGGGUGGUGCGUCUCUACAAGUACAACUGCGUUAUCAGACCAGUUCCUGCUGCAAGGGUGAUUGCAAUCUGCCCUGACUGCUCAUCACACCUGAAGUUUGAUAAUGCUGCGGUUCAAGAGACCGUGAAUAAAUCUUUGGAGAAGUUCAACAAGGAGAGUGGACUGACCAAUACCUUCUCUCUGUUGAAAAUUGCCAGAGCCACUGCAGGGAUGGCCAUGGGGAUGUAUUAUCAUGUGGAGUACACCAUCCAGGAGACAACCUGCACCAAAAACACAGAAGGGACAAACGACAAAUGUCCACCCAUGCAGUGCGAGUUUGCUCACAAAGGGUUCUGUAAAGCCUCCCACUUCCACACACCCACCGGUGACAGUGAGUUCAGUGUAGAGUGUGAGAUCUACGAGCCUGAGGCUGCUGAAAGAGAGAAGAGCUUGCACCUGUUGGGCGGAGAGAGCGACCACAGUCACAACGACACACACCCGCACAGCCACAAUCACGAUCAGGCGCACGGCGCGGACGACGCGCACACGCACGACCACGUCCACGACCACACCAAGCCGCACGCUCACCACGACAAAACCGAGAAGCACGCCGACGACAGCGACCACCACCACACCCACGACCACAGCGGGGACAGUGCUCACAGGCACGCCCACGACCACUCUCACGACCACGGCCACGGCCACGACCACGUGCACACUCACCACGCCAAGGCACACAAUCACACCGGCGACUCGGUCAACCACCACCAUGGCUACAAGCACGAAGACGGCGUGCACACCCAUGAACAUGACCAUGAGCUUUCCCUGGACCAUGACCACAAGCACGCUCACUUGCAUGGACACGAGCACCACCAUCAUCACCACGAGCAUGACCACGAGACCACAGUCCACGACCAUCCCGAGGGACUGGUUUGUUUCCUGGCUGCCAUGGACCAGCCCAUGACGCUGCCUUCCUUCCCGGAUGUACCUGCAGGCGAGGCAGGAGUCGUCCUGCCUCUUAUCCCAGAUCCCCAGAUCCCGGGUGAGAUGCAACCAACCAUUCAGGCCUUCCCUGCUUCGGUUUCAUCUCAGUGUGCCGUACCAAGAGUACCAAAAAACCUUGUGGAGGAACUCCUUGCUGAAGACCCCUUGUUCAAGGCAGUUGCCUAAGAUGGCGCACACACCACCAAUACACUCAAAUGCAGUGGAUUCACAUCUGUAGUUUUUCAUACGGCAAGUUGAGAGCAAAAAGCGAAUCGUUGACUCUCCCACAACGAUACUUGACAUUCACUCGCAGAAAAUCCCCAGCAGCCAUGAUAUUUUCUGUGGGUUUGUAUGUCACCUAUUUCCUCUCGCUUGCAAAACAUGAAUAAAUAAUGACAUACUCA